AUGGCUUCAUCCUCGCGCGAAGAGAUAGCUGCCAGACGUCUCGUCGAGGAUGGAGACCUUCUGUUCGACCAUAAGGAGAUUUACUCUCCAGGCCGGCGACUCCUUCUCCGAUCACAUAAACCGCUUCCUCCCUACGGCCAAAAUUUGUACCCGCUUCCGGCAGGCUGGUCUUCUUCUCGCGACAUAAUAGAAACCGACGAAGAGAGGACUUUUUCACUCAGACAGCUGGUCUUUCACCCAAACAAUGCGCCCAAGACCAUCGACGAGAACAACCAACAUGAUCCUACUACUCUAAUUAACCUCGAGAUCAUUCGGAUGAUUGGCGGCAGCCCGGGUGCGGAAUACCAUCCCGGCCCCCAAAAAGUCCUUUGCAAAGUUGUCGCACCGCCAUCGACCGCGCCGAAUGAGCGAGAGCAUGAGAUUCCGUCUGAAGGACAAUUGCUCUUCCUGAAGAUUUUCGAUCCCUUGUUCUGGCACAAUGACACUGAUUACACUGGGCGCGUCACCAAAGUCACAAUUCAGGCCGACUCGGCAUUCAGUGACGAAUUCGGUGCCUAUUGCCGCCUCGUCGAAAAGGGGCUCACUGGCUUCCCCCAUAUCGCUCCUCAAUUCUACGGAGGAUGGACCACGGCGGUGAAGUCGAUCGACCCAUCGUUCACCAACCGAACCCGAGAUGUUGCGGUGCUCGCAACCGAGUUUAUCGAUGGCAUUUACCUCAAACGACUCUUUACACCCGCUGGCCCCAAGUUUGAGGUGGUGGAGCUUCACAAGGACGUUGAGCCAUCUAGCACUUUUGCUACCCACCAAGACGCAAGAAUGAAGAUCAUGGAGCAGCUCGUGGCCGGCACAAUCUCACAAGAGUACAUCGGGGUGGACCAUUGCGAAGUCUUUCCAGAGAACGUCAUCAUCUCCAUGAGGAACAAGGGUGACUCGCUGGAGGAACCUCGGGCCGUUCUCGUUGGAUACGGACGCGCACUCGUCGACCAUCUGCGGACAAGACCAGUCAAGAUGUGGGAGAACUAUGCGUUGAAGCCCCAUCCAAUUCUUCGAUGCGGCUGGCCUAGAUGGAAGUUUUUUGCCGGAUGGAUUCCUGCCGCUUGGGCAAGCCCCCCAGGAAAGAAAGACCAUGUGCCAUUGUUCAACUAA